AUGGUGACCUCAGGGGCCGGCUGCAACUUGAUGAUGAAGAACGGCGAGGUGGCCCCGCCAGACCAGGGAGGCACCCUGAGGUCCGAGGAACGUCCCGGAGGAGACACGCGUCCUUCACAUGAUCCGGGAGUAUCUCAUGCAGCUCGGCGGGACCUGUACCCCGGCAUCUCCUCCCUUUACCCGAACCAGGACUUUGAUUACGACGGAGGAACCACACCGCUCCGACCCCGCGAGUGCCAACCACCACAGUGGAACUGGCGCCAGAAUUCGACCGACAGCCCUGUAAGCUGGAAGCCAGUGCCUCCCUGUGCCAAAGACCCGUGCACACCAACGGCACCGACCUCAGGAGGGGGUCACGAUUCCGGACUACCUCUUCAAGAUCGGCGGCCCGACGACCACGACCUCACCUUCCCCUACCUGAUUCGGAACUAUGUGGAGGGAGAACCAUCUGAAUACGAAGCGCACCAACGGCGACUCCAAGCAUGCCUCCUUCGCCGCGAAUGGCGACCUGACAGCCAUCACAGCGACCACCGGUACUUCAGUCAGCUCUAUGUGGAAGGCGUGCCCUUGGAGCACCAGAGGCAGCAGUGGCGCCCCCCGACGGCCCCUGCCUUGCCUGCUAAAUGGAGCUUGAACCAGACCCUCGCCUUCCCGUGCCUAGACCAGGGGUAUGUGAAGGGUCUGAAUAUGGGGCGCACCAAGGGCGACUCCUACCGGAUCCGGCCGUAUGUGCGACACAGCCCAGGGACCAGGGUCGUGGAGAGAGUGGCGGACCUCAACAGCGACUACCCCCAGUUCCGGGACGACCUCCACAAGAUCGGCGGUCCCAGCACCAGGACCUCGGACCGCAGGGACGACGAGUUUGAAGGGGUCACUCUCAUGCAAGCAGGGACGCCUAGCCCAGCUUCUGGAGCAGGCGGUGGAGCAGCUGUGCCCAGUACUGAUCCCAGGGAAAUCAUUACGCGGGCACUGCAGCAAGUCUGGAGGCUGCUCAAGCAUCGACGCAGAGGCACCCUUCGACAGACUCUACUACAAGCAGUGGACGAGCGAGCAGAGGCGGGCUUCCGCAGCUACUUCAACACCCGAGUCAGCUCGGUCUGGGAUGAGCAAGACCGACGAGGAGAUACCGGAGGGGCGGACAUCGCAGAAGGGCUCGAGGUGGACCAAGAGUGGAUGAGGGCCGUGGUUGACCUCAUGUGGGACGAGUACCGUGAACAACAUCCUGCUGACCGAUGUGAGCGAGCCAGCAGCCGAGGGGCUCCCUCCAGCAGUUCGGCGGAACCACCUCGACGUGCGGGACCCCCGCCGCCCGAACCGGUGAGGUAUGACCCGCCUGACCGAACCAGCCACACAAAUGACAGCAGUGAGGUGUCUACAGAUGAGAGUGACGCUGUGAGUGCGAUGCAAGCUCUAACGUGGGCGGAGUACCACGACGAGCCUGACAGACGCUGGAGACUCCGAGCUUGGGAGAUCAGGGAUGACAUCGACAUGAUGCUGCGCAACAUGGUUUGGAAUGGAGACCAGGGUGAAGCAUGUUACUGCGCGAGGUCCAUCUAUAGGCUCUUCCUGCACACCUGCGACACUACAAGUACAAGGUCGCGAAGCUGGGUGGAGGCUGAGGUGGGCCAGGCUUUCCGCCCCCAUCUUUUUCGGGUGCCAAACCCGUGGGACUUCGAGUUGGACCCUGACAUGCAAGGGUGGCUCACCGGCAUCAAGGACCAAAUCGUAGCAUGCGCCAACCUCAAGCACGACGACAUCAUGGCAUACAGGGAAAGAGUGGCGACAAGAAAGAGACGACGUGAACAAGAAGCCACCCAGGGCCGACCGGGGUCCAGUACUGACGUUGCGGCGAACCGGGGAGAAGAGUCAGAGGAGCACUUCCAAGCUGAUGACAAUGUGAAGGUGCCGUCGCUGCAGGAGAACAUCCGAACCAUGACGGCCGAGUACCCCCCAACAGCAACAAGCACCGCUGUGACAGGAGAUGCCAGCUCGAGGUGGGAGACCGCGCAGCAGGUCACCAGUUCGGAGGGGAAGAGCCAGUGCAGGCAUGAACGGUUGGAGCCUAGACACCCGGAGCCUGUGGACCCGGCAGCUCCGUUACCACUGUCAGUGGCGGAAGCAGUUGAUCUUUGGCGGCAGCUGCUGGGAUUGAGCGACAACCAAAACAUGGGAGACAUGGACAGGGCGGUGGAGAGCGGAGGCCGAGUCAUCCCCAGGAGCGCAGCGGACAAUGCGGUCGACACCAUGAGAGAGUACGACCGCCAUGACCUCGCCAUCCUGACGAUUGGCCUGGUGGAGCUCGUGCGAAGGCUCAUAGCUGAGGGGGCUCAGAUCCUUGCGGCAUCCGAAGAGGACCUGGUCGAAGUGGAGGUAGAGCGGGCGGAUGGCCACAGCCUCAUGCAGAUGUCCCAGGCGACAUGCAAAAAGACCUUCAAGGACCAGGCUGUGGUUCUCCAGGAGUUCCAAGUGGCUUGGGCUGCUGAGGCUGCGGGGCGGGCAUCGGGACUCAAGCUGAGGGAGCUGCAGGGCAAGGCCAAACGCUACCGCCUGCAGCACGGGCCGAAUGACGUCCUCGACCUCUUCGACGCUUUGCUUGUCACCAUGCAGGUAGACUUGGAGCAGGAGGUGGAGGGGACCACCUUGGAAGAUGGCGAGAUGAGUUGGUUGCAAACAUGGUGGGAGCGAAUCUGUCGUCAUAUGCAACCGCCAACCUCAGGAAGCUCGGGGUCAGGGGACGCUGUAUGGAUCGACCCCCGAGAGCCAGAAGAAGGGGAAGCUCUUGCUGCCGAAGAGGUAGCCUAUAUGGCUGAGGAGCGGUGCCAGAAGCUGUGGAAGCAAGCACAAGAAGCGCAGCACGACGCCGAGGAGGAAGAGUACGACAGGCACAUGCAGCAAGUCUGGGAGUCGCACGUCAGGGAAGCAGAGGCGCAGAGAUGGCAAAGCUGGGACGACUGGGCUAUGUUCGAUGAAAUGAGACGUCCACCUAAGAGGCGGCGCUCAAUGGUGGAGCUGCAACUGGGGCCGCCACCGGGGGCCAGUGGGGUUGAAACCACCACCCGGAUGCCCCUACCGCUACAUGUCGGAGAUGGGCUUCAAGUCCUCAGGGCUACAGUGGUGGGCAGCCAAGGGAGUGAACCGUCGGAGGGGACGACGGAACCAGUGGAAUCCAUGGAGCUGCAGCCGCCGAAGUAUGACAUCACCGCCGACGAACAGCAACAAGUGACUUCGCCGCCUGCCAGCCUGGACUUCCAUACCUACCAACAGGAGUGCCAAAAGCUUCGGGACGGGCUCAUUUCAGAGGCCUACGUCCUCGCCAUGUGGGGAGAAGCAGCCCUAGACCUCAUGCAGGCUGAAAUGACCCUGGCCGACAUGGAGGAGGAUGACGGCGUCGCUGUGGAGGGCUCCGGGCACAAUCAGCUGGACAACGACAUGGCAUGCGACGGGAAUGGACGUCAAGGAGGGCUGAAGGGGCACUUCCACGACCAGAGCGACAUAGUCAUGAACGAGAGCGAUGAGACCCACACAGAGCUCAUGAAUCACGAAGAUGAUGGACGAAGCAGUCAAGCACUACCACAGAGUCCAGGGGGGCUGAGGGGGCAACAACACAACCAGUACGACAUGGCCGUGGCCGAUGGCUUGCAGACCCACCUGGAACACAUGAACCAAGUUGAGGGAGAUGACAAUCAGCA